CCCUGGAUGAACAACCAAACCAUGCUGGUUCCUCUCCAACAGCCCAUUGUCUUUGAAAUCGAGGGCUUUGAUAUUCUUCCAGGCUCCGGGCCUUUCUUCUUCCUCCUGGCUCUGCUGGUCUACAUGCUGGUGCUGCUGGGUAACGGGGUGGUGGCGUGUGUCAUCGUCCUGGACAAGAAGCUGCACAGACCCAUGUUUGUGAUGAUCUGUCACCUGGUGGUGUGUGAUCUGAUGGGAGCCACGGCGGUGCUGCCUCACCUCAUGAUGGAUUUUCUGAUGGGUCAGAAGAAGAUCAUUUACCCAGCAGCCAUCAGCCAGGCCUUCUGCAUCCACGUCUACGGCACGGCUGUGCAGACCAUCCUGGGUGCGAUGGCUUAUGACAGGUAUGUUGCUGUGUGCGAGCCGCUCAGGUAUCAGACCAUCAUGACGUCGACACGGAUGCAUCUCUGUUGUGCUCUGGCCUGGUUGGUCGCCUUCGUGCUCAUUGCCAUCCUCUUCUCCUUUCACCUAAACGUGCCGCUGUGCGGCAAAACCAUUCAGCAUGUGUACUGCAGCAACCGCGGCAUUCUGAACCUGGCCUGCAUCCCCACCCCCGACAACAACCUCUACGGUCUGUGCGUCUCUCUUAGCAUCAGAAUGAGCUUUCAAUUAUUUCCAGGACUUUCCAUGACCUGGUCUUUGAGCACGGCAGUCUUCGUCAUCAUCGCUUUUUCUUACAUCAAAAUCCUGACUGUUACUUUGAAACAAGGCAGAACGGACAGCAGUGUGCGAAGCAAGGCCUUUCAAACCUGCUCGUCCCACCUCAUGGUAUACAUCCUCUAUCAGAUAGCUCUACUUAUUGUUAUUGUGAGCCUCAGGUUCCCCACCGCCAAAAACAUGUGGAAGUUCUGUAGCAUCAUGAUCACCAUCUUUCCUCCAGCUGUCAACCCCAUCAUCUAUGGCUUGGUCAGCAAAGAGCUGCGCACCAGCAUCAUCCAGAACUUCUUUGGAUGGGUCAAGAAAAAACAGCUUGGUUUUAGAACAUCAUAAUUGUGGACCUAAAAUUAGUGAAGAAGCUUCAAAUGUUGUGAUGUAUAAAGCAUUGAACCCUCGCAGAGAAGUCUGGUUACAGUCUGCUAUGGUUACUAUAAUGUAAGAGGAUAAACCUGAUGAAGGCAAAUGUAUCUGUAAUUGCUUUUUAUUGCUCCUAAAACUAAGCAUUAAUUACAGAUGAAGCACCUAAAGAUGUGUAGGAGCGGCUUUCUGAGUUUGUGAACAAAGAGUUACAAAAAUUAUAUUCUAAAAUUCUCAAAUUGCUUUUCUUCUGACAACUAAAUGUCUAAAUGUCU